GUCAGAAUAUUGUUAGACACUGUCUACCAUAGGUGGUCUCUACAGUUUACCAUAGGUGAUUUCCUUGCAGUUUUGGAUGUUAGUACCAAAUUACGUCAUGUAGAAGAUAUAAUUGCAAAUGCAAGUUUUCAUGCAUUUCCCACCAGGGUUACAGAGUAAAUGACGUGUGAGACGCGAUUUCUUCUGCCAUGGAAAAACGUGAAGUGUUCAUUCACGCGGUGUCUAAGGAGCUGAUUGGGGAGUUUUUGCAGUUCAUUCAACUUGAUGAAGAUGCUUCUGACCCUUUCAACCUAAAUGAAUUACUAGAUGAAUUAUCAAGGAAACAGAAAGAAGAGCUAUGGCAGAGGCUCAAGAAGUUAUUAACAGACGUGCUCUUAGAAAGCCCCGUGGAGGGGUGGCAGCCCGUGGAGGCCCAGGGCACAGACAGUAUGGAAACAGAACAUGGUUCAAAAAUGAAAAAAAUCCUAGAAAUAAUUCAUGCAGUGACAUCUGUGACUCUUGCUUCUGUAUCUGUAAUAAAUGAAAGUGAGAACUAUGAGGCCCUACUGGAAUGUGCUGUUAUAUUGAAUGGAAUCUUAUAUGCACUACCGGAAUCUGAACGAAAGCUGCAGAGCUCCAUCCAGGGCUUGUGUGUGACGUGGUGGGAGAAGGGCCUGCCUGCCAAAGAGGACAUGGGGAAGACGGCCUUCACCUUGCUGCUCAGGAAGAGUCUCCAGACGAAAACCGGUGCAGACAUAAGUCGACUUUGGCAUGUUCAUCAAGCUUUGUAUUGCUUUGAUUACGACUUAGAGGAAAGUAGAGAAAUUAAAAAUAUGCUACUUGAGUGCUUCAUAAGUAUUAAUUACAUCAAGAAAGAAGAGGGAAGGAGGUUUCUUAGUUCUCUCUUCAAUUGGAAUACAAAUUUUAUUAAAAUGAUCCAUGGAACUGUUAAAAACCAGCUACAAGGAUUACAGAAAUCUUUGAUGGUACACGUUGCGGAAGUUUAUUUCAGAGCUUGGAGAAAGGCUUCUGGGAAAAUAUUGGAGACGAUUGAGGGCGACUGCAUCCAGGACUUCAUGUACCACGGGGUCCACCUUCCACGGAGAUCUCCAGUGCACUCCAGGGUGCGUGAGGUGCUGAGUUACUUCCACCACCAGAAGAGAGUUCAGCAGGGAGUGGAGGAGAUGCUCUACAGACUGUACAAGCCCAUCCUCUGGAGAGGAUUGAAGGCCAGAAACUCUGAAGUUCGCUCCAAUGCUGCACUGCUGUUCGUGGAAGCAUUUCCUAUUAGAGAUCCAAGCUUCAAUGCUAUUGAAAUGGACAGUGAAAUUCAGAAACAGUUUGAAGAACUCUAUAGCCUUUUAGAAGAUCCUUACCCGAUGGUCCGUUCCGCAGGGAUACUUGGCGUUUGUAAAAUAACUUCCAAAUACUGGGAGAUGAUGCCUCCGACCAUUCUUAUUGAUCUCCUCAAGAAAGUGACCGGGGAGCUGGCGUUUGAUACAAGCUCGGCCGAUGUGCGCUGUUCUGUCUUUAAGUGUCUGCCGAUAAUUUUGGAUAACAAAUUAAGCCACCCAUUAUUAGAGCAGCUUCUGCCAACACUGAAGUACAGUCUCCAUGACAAUUCGGAGAAAGUGAGAGUGGCAUUCGUGGAAAUGCUGCUGAAAGUCAAAGCCGUGCGGGCUGCCAAGUUUUGGAAAAUAUGCCCCAUGGAGCAUAUCUUGGUUCGACUGGAAUCAGAUUCCCGGCCUGUGUGUCGGCGCCUGGUGAGCCUCAUCUUUAACUCAUUCCUGCCCGUGAACCUGCCGGAGGAGGUGUGGUGUGAGCGUUGCGUCACGCUGCUGCAGAUGAAUCACGCUGCCGCCAGGAGGUUCUACCAGCAUGCCCACGAGCACACCGCCUGCACCAACAUAGCAAAGCUGAUUCACGUGAUCCGCCACUGCUUAAAUGCCUGCAUCAGGAAGGCCGUGCGAGAGCUGCAGGAGGAAGACGAGGAGAGGGGGAAGGAGAAUGAGAGUGUUCUGGACAAAACCCUGUCCGUGAACGACGCCGGGUCCAUGGCAGGCUUGCUGGAAAUCAUCGUGAUCCUCUGGAAGAGCAUUCACAGGAGCAUGGAGAGGAACAAGGAGGCCAGGCUCUACACCAUUGACAAGUUUGCCUCCGUGCUCCCCCAGUACCUGAAAGUGUUUCAGGACGACCGCUGCAGGAUCCCCUUGUUUAUGCUGAUGUCCUUCAUGCCGCCCUCUGCUGUGCCUGCAUUCAGCUGCAGUGUUAUCUCCACAUUGAGAAACCAAGAGGAAGGGGCUGGGGACAGGAGCUACUGCACUCUGCUGGACUGUCUCUGCUCCUGGGGACAGGUGGGACACAUCUUGGAACUCGUCUGUGACUGGCUGCCCGAGGAGCCACCCCAGAGAAAGACUAACUCAGCGUCUAAGCGGAAGGUGCAGAUCCAUGACCCCCGACCCGUGAAGCCCGAGUUGGCGCUGGUUUACAUAGAGUACCUGCUGAUCCACCCGAAGAACCGAGAGAGCCUGCUUGCUGCGCCCCGGAAGAAGCUGAACCACCUUUUGAAAGCACUGGAAAUGUCCAAGGUAGACCUGGAGUCCAUUCUGCAGUCGCCUGGUGGGAAAGCUGAGUACUUCAGUGAGGCAACUGCCCUGCGAGCCUUCAGCCUGCACUGCCGGCUGAGUAUCCAUCUGCAGCACAAGUUCUGCACAGAAGGAAAAGUUUACCUGUCCAUUUUGGAAGACACCGGGUUUUGGUUGGAAAACAAAGUUUUAUCUUUUAUUCAAGAUCAAGAGGAAGAAUAUCUGAAGCGUCAUCGGGCUGUUUAUCAGCAGAUUAUCCAGACCUACCUGACCGUGGGCAAAGAUGUUGUGAUGGUCGGCCUUGGUGAUUGCAAGUUCCAGAUACAGCUCUUACACUGGAGCCUCGCAAUCAUGCACACAGUGAAGGGAUUCUUCUAUGUUUCGUUACUUCUUGGCAUUCUGAAAGAGGUAACUGGAAGUUCCUUGACGCAGAAAACAAAUUCAGAUGAAGAGGUUGCAGCACUAUUUGAUAUGGUCCAGAAAGUCUUCCAGAAAAUGCUGGAGUGUAUGGCCUGGAGCUUUAAGAAGCAACCAGAAGAAGGCCUACGGCUCCUGUACUCUGUUCAGAACCCACUGCACGAGUUUAUAACAACCGUGCAGUCUUGGCACGUGGACACGCCCGUUCACCACGGCGUGCUUUCCACGCUGAUGGCGGCCUCUAUCGUCGAGAUCAGUCACCGGCUGCGGAAGGUUUCUGACGUAGAGGAGCUGGCGCCCCCAGAGUGCCUUUCAGACCUGCCUCCAUUUUCAAGGUGUUUAAUAGGAAUCAUCAUAAAAUCUCCGAGUGUGGUCAGGUCAUUUUUAGAUGAGUUAAAGGCAUGUGUUACUUCUGAUGAUAUUGAAGGAAUUGUGUGUCUCACGGCUGUUAUGCAUAUUAUUUUGGUGAUUAACAAAGGUAAACAUAAAAGUUCAAAAGUGAAGGAUGUUGCAGCCACUGUUCACAGAAAACUGAAGACAUUCAUGGAGAUCACUUUGGAAGAGGACAGCCUGCAGAGAUUUCUCUAUGAAUCAUCAUCGAGAACUUUGGGAGCAUUUUUGAAUUUAUAACUGAGCCAACAUCUUUGAUUAUGGGAAAACAGAGAAAAGGGACUUAUGGAAAAUGAAAUGAAUGUGUAUUUUCCUAGUGUUUUUAAUGUGAAUACCCCACAUAAUAGAGAAGGUGGAUUUAUUUGGGGAAGGUCUGAAUUGGAAGCCCAAAGGUUCUUAAAUGUUUGCCCAGUGCCUGCAAAAUAAUAUAUUUAAUGUAAAGGACUCCGGAAACCCAGGGUGCAAAGAAAAAGAAAGACACCUUUCUAGCAGACCUGGUUGUUUUAAAAAUGAUAUAUAUAUAUAUGUAUAUAUAUAAUAUUGAUUGCAAACUGUAAUAAAGCAAUGAAAACAUCUAUCUGUAUACUUCAAAA